UCGGGCCGGGGAGGGGUCAGCCUGGGCCGGGGAGGGGUCAGCCGGUCAUACCCUGCGGCAGCGCGCACCGGCCGCCCCGCUCCGGCACCGCGUGGGCGGCGGCAAUGGAGGGAUGCGGGACGGACAGGGGAUGCAGGAUGGAUGCGGGACGGAGGAUGCGGGAGGGAUGCGGGACGGAGGGAAGGAGGAGGGAUGGAUGGAGGGAUGCGGGGGUGAACGGGAGAUGCUCCCGGCCCCCGGCGAGGGGCCGGCACGACCAGACGAGCUCGGGGCGCGGGGACCGCGGUGCAGCCCCGGGCCCGCCGCUCCCUGCCCGCUCCCGGCCCCGCUGUCCCGCAGCCCGCGGCUCCGCAGCCCGGCCCGGCCUUCCCGGGCACCGGCCCGGCCUUCCCGGGGCCGGGGAGCUGCAGCGUCCGGUGCGGGGGCGGCGGGCGGGCCCUGCUCCGUAUCCGGGAGCUGCGACAGCCGCUGUCACACGGGGCUCAGCGCUGCCACAGGUGGGCUCAUGGAUGUCACAGGUGGGCUCAUGGAUGUCACCCGUGAGCUCAGCCCUGUCACAGGUGGGCUCAGCCCUGCCACCCCUGAGCUCAUCCCCGCGUUCCAUGCGCUGCCCACACACCGGGCUGGGUUCCUCACAGUCCCCUGUCCUGCUUUUCCAGGGUUUUGGAAGCGGCUGCUGUCACGAUGCUGGGGCCAGAGCACACGGAGUGAGCCUGAGUCAGAGCCAGAAGGGCCAAACACGAAUUCCUGCACCUCUCAUCCUGCUUUUAAUGAAGGGAACAACCUGCCUUACCUGUGCUGCACACCUGAGCACUGAGCAGAGACACACAGAGACACAGGAGGAGCAGGAUCUGCACUGGGAGAGGCUGGGCAGGAGGAAAAUCUCCAGCUGCUUUUGGGGUCUCUAGAGCUCCUGUGUUACAGUGUUCCUGGCUCUGCCUCUUCUCCCCACGAUGCUGGGAAGGGUCCUGUGCACGGUGCUGUUGGUGGGAGCCCUGCCACCCCCAGCUGGAGCCUCCCAGGGCCACAUCUCCGUGAUCCUGCUGGGAGCCACGGGGGAUUUGGCCAAGAAGUAUUUGUGGCAGGGUCUGUUCCAGCUCUACAGGGACCAAGUGAGCAGCGGCCACAGCUUCACGUUCCACGGGGGGGCCCUGGCAGCUCUGGAGCCGGGGCAGAGGCUGAUGUUUGACGUGCUGAAGAAGCUGUCCUGUCCCCCCGACGAGCCUCCCAACCGCUGCGCCGUGCUCAAGGACCAGUUCCUGAAGCUCAGCCAGUACCACCAGCUGAAAACUGCCGAGAAUUACACAGCUCUGAACAGGGAGAUCGAGACCCUGCUCAGCCAGGAGGGGCUGGAGGAGGCUGGCAGGAUCUUCUACUUCUCCGUGCCGCCCUUUGCCUACACGGAGAUCGCGGGGCACAUCAACGGCAGCUGCCGGCCGCGCGCCGGGGCCUGGCUGCGCGUGGUGCUGGAAAAGCCCUUUGGCCACGACCUGCCCUCGGCACAGCAGCUGGCUGCACAGCUGGCAGGCUUCUUCAGGGAGGAGGAGAUGUACCGAGUGGACCAUUACCUGGGCAAGCAGGCUGUGGCCCAUAUCCUGCCCUUUCGGGAUCAGAACCGACAGUUUCUGGACCCCAUUUGGAACCGGCACCAUGUGGAAAGAGUGGAGGUUGUCUUGAAGGAGACUGUGGAUGCUAAAGGGCGCACCAGCUUCUACGAGCAGUACGGGGUGAUCCGGGACGUGCUGCAGAACCACCUCACCGAGGCCCUCCUGUUCCUCAUCAUGGAGCUCCCUGCCAACGUCAGCAGCGCCCAGGAGGUGGUGCAGCACAAGCUGCAGACCUUCCAGGCCCUGUGGGGGCUGCAGAGGAGCAGUGCUGUGCUGGGACAGUACCAGGCCUACGACAGCCAGGUGCAGGAGGAGCUGCCCGAGGCUCGGGGCCACGUCAGCACCACGCCGACCUUUGCAGGGGUGCUGAUCCACAGCCACAGCCUGCGCUGGGAAGGGGUCCCGUUCCUGCUCACCUCGGGGAAGGCUCUGGAUGAGCGGGUGGGCUAUGCCCGCGUGCUCUUCAGGAACAGGGCCUACUGCCCCCAGAGUGGCACGCUGAGGGACGCAGGGCACAGCCAGUGCAAACCCAAGCAGAUCAUCUUCUACUUCGGGCACGGCGCUCUCAACACCCCCGCAGUGCUGGUGAGCAGGAACCUCUUCCAGCCUGCCAUGCCCAAGGACAGCUGGAAGGAAGCAGGAGCUCGCUCAGACCUGCACAUCUUUGGGCAGCCGCUGUCUGAUUUCUACAUGUACAGCCCUGUCAAGGAGAGGGAUGCCUAUUCCGUCCUCAUCUCCCACAUCUACCACGGCAGGAAGGAUUUCUUCAUCACCACGGAGAGCCUGCUGGCCUCCUGGGCCUUCUGGACGCCUCUGCUGGACAGCACGUCCCGGCUGCCCCCGCGCCUCUACCCCGGCGGCGUGGAGAACCAGCAGCUGCUGGACUUUGAGAUGGUGGCCGGGGGAGUGGAGUUCAGCCUGGCAGAGCCGGCAGAGCUGCUGCACCCCGGCGGGCAGAUGCCAAGUGAGUUCAGGGCCAUCCAGUCCCAGUUCCGGCAGAGUCCCCUGGUGUCGGCCUGGGCCGAGGAGCUGAUUGCCCGCCUGGCCUCCGACAUGGAGGCGGCGGCCGUGCAGAGCGUGGCUCGCUCGGGGCAGUUCCACCUGGCCCUGUCGGGCGGCUCCAGCCCCGUGGGGCUGUUCCAGCGCCUGGCCAGGCACCACCACGGCUUCCCCUGGCAGCACAGCCACGUGUGGCUGGCGGACGAGCGCUGCGUGCCCCUGACGGACAGCGAGUCCAACUUCCAGGGCCUGCAGCGGCACCUGCUGCAGCACGUCAGGGUGCCCUACCUCAACAUCCACCCCAUGCCCGUGCACCUCAACCGCCGCCUCUGCGUGGAGGAGGACGGCGGCGCCGAGCUCUACGCCCAGGACAUCGCGGCCCUGGUGGCCAACGCCAGCUUCGACCUGGUGCUGCUGGGCGUGGGCACGGACGGACACACGGCCUCGCUGUUCCCCCGCUCCGAGCACGGCCUGGAAGGGGCCCCCACGGUGGUGCUGACCGAGAGCCCCGUGAAGCCCCACCAGAGGAUGAGCCUCAGCCUGCCCCUCAUCAACAGGGCCAGGCAGGUGUUCGUGCUGGUGCUGGGCAGGGGCAAGCACGACAUCACCACACUGCUCAGCAGGGUGGGCCGCGAGCCCCACAAGUGGCCCAUCUCGGGGGUCAGCCCCAGCUCCGGCCAGCUCGUCUGGUACGUGGAUUAUGAGGCUCUGAUGGGGUGAUGCUGCAGUGGCCCUCCUCCUUUGUCUGCGUGGCCUUUACAGCCUGGAUUGUCACACACGAUGUCCUUGUUCCUGCGGUGCCAGCAGCAGCUCCAUCCCUGACACCUCCGGCCUUCAGGGGGAUCCAUGGCCUGCUGCACCUCUGGUGUUUGGGCCUGGGUGAGCUGGGCUGUGUUUGGAGCUCAGGAGGAGCCAUGAGCCCAGUGUGCCCUUUCUGGUUCUGCUCUGGGUUCUCUGGCCUGCAGCACCUCUGGUGUUUGAGCCUGUGUUCUGUGUUUGGUGCUCAGGAGGAGCCACAAGCCCAGUGUGGCCUUUCUGGCUCUGCUCUGGCUUCUCACUGAGACUUUGGACAAACGACUUCACCUUGAAGUGCCUCAGUUUCCCUGUUUGUGCUUACUGGCAUGUAACUACCUCACAGGCACUUCGGGGGACUUGUUAAAUCAAUUUGCCUGCCAAAUUCUGUCUAAUUUAAUGUAAUUCUCAGGCUAAAAGACAACAGUACCACACUGAUCCCUGCCCUGCUCAGCCUGGCUGGGCCAGGCCCUGGUCUCAGGGCAGUGAUGGUGGUGUGCACGUGGAUGUGUGACCCUGGAUGUGUUGGGGCUCUGGAAAUAAUGGGGCAGGCUGAGAGUAUGGCACAGCUCUGCUCUCCAGGUGAAUGUAAACCUGAGAGUGCAAUAAUUACUGAGGGAAAGCUUGGUGCUCUGAGGAAUUGCUGGGUUUAGCUAGCAGAGAAAUCUUUUAUUUUUAAACAAAAAUGCCUGUGUUAAUUUCAUUCCAGUUCUUUUGUAUUUGGUGUGAGGGAACAAGUUUUAAUGAAAAAGUGACCUAUGAGAGAGUAGCUAUAUUGUUAUGAAUAACAGAGUUUAUUCCUGUCUUACAGGUGACUGUGGCAUUAGAGUUUUCUAUCUUUGCACACUUGCUUGGUAAUAUGUGGCGGGCACCUCUUGAAAUGAACACUGAAAAGUUCAUUUGCACUUUGAAAUAAGCACAUGGGCUUUUCCCCAGGGAGCUACUGUUCUUUGCAGGUGAAAAUAGGGUUUAUUUGUGAAGUCUCUAUCUAGUGGGUCAUCCCAAAAUUUAUCUGAGAUUUUAUUAAAAUCCAUUAAAGUUUCCAUGUUUUCCUUGGUGAAUGGAAAUAUUUGGGGGAUUUUGCCAAAGUGUAUUUUUUUCCACACAGACAAUUUCUGUUAAACUCUUUAAUUCUUAGCAUGUGCUAAAUGAAAACCAAAUAUUUUUGAAUACACAACAUUUAUGACUGGAGAGAGAGAGACUGGAUGGGAAGAAGGGUUAAAUGAGCAGCAAAUCUGAUGAGGAGGAAUGGUAGCAAUCCACUGGGCUGUAGGCCAAGGAAGCAGGGCUAUUUUUAUUUUGUGAAAGUUAUUAAUAGAAGGUGUGCACCUUCUUGAGAGCUUGUAUUAACCUUUCUUUGCAAAGGCAGCUCCAUGGAGUAACUUCUUACAGUCUGUUUCUCCCAUAAGUGAUUAUUGAUACUAAUUUUUAUUCAUUUUUUUAAUGUCAAGUGCAUUCCGACAAUUCAAUGGUAUGAUUAUAUGUUUUACUGAAAGCUAACACUGGAAAUAACUCAUUUUUCACUUCAGCUUUUAUAAAUCAAAUUGUACAAUCUUUUUUUUUCCUAUGAGUAAAGUUUUGUGAUUCUUUUCAUAUUGUUUAAUGAAUAAAGAAUUAUAUUUAUAAAAA